AUGAUUUACUUUAUCCUGUCGAUUGUUUUUUUAGCGUCACCCAUUCUCCCUCUGCUUUUAAAGCUUUAUUUUUUGGCGAUUUUCGUUUCGUCUUUAGGAUUAUUAUUGCUGUUACGGCCUUUCUUGUCUUUCCUUGGCAAUUCAGCCAAUUCGGCAUUGAUCAAGCUCUUUCGUGUUGACACCCGUUCUGCCGUGGUGCGUUCUUCUUCCUUCCGUCCUGUUGCGGUGCGUAUUGUUGCGGUGCGUCCUGUUGCGUUGCGUCCUGUUGCAGUACGUCCUGUUGUUGUACCUCCUCUUGUGGUGACAUCUGCUUUGGCCCCUUCUGCUGUUGUGGUGGCCCCUUCUGCUGUUGUGGUGGCUCCUCCUGUUGCGGUGCCAUCUGCUUGUGACCCUCCUGCUGCUGUCGUGGCCCCUUCUGCUGUUGUAGUAGAUUCUCUUGUUGUUGAGAGCACUCGUGCUGUAGCUGCUCCUGCUGAGGCCUCUCCUGUGUUAGUGGCUUCUUCGUUGGCCCAUCCAACUGAUGUGGUGCCUGCUGUUGUGGUGCCUGCUGUUGUGGUGCCUCCUGUUGUUGCGUCAACUUCUUUGGCCCCUCCUCCUGUUGUUGCCUGCUCUUUCGGGCCUUCUUCGGUAGUAACACCUUCUUUGGUGUCCUCUGUUGUGGUGCCAUCGCCUGUGGUGUCAUCGUUUGUGGAUCAGUCCUUCCCGGUGCCAUUCGCCACUAUUGAUACCGCGAAACAAACUUGUAUUCGUCGAGCUCGCGCUCAAAUUCGUAACCAAGCUUUGUUUGGGCGUGGUAUGCCAAGACCUCUGCGUGUCAAACACGCACGUCACAGUAGCCCGUCCGUAGCCUCUGAGGUACUACAAGUGGAGUGCAUGGAAAUAGAUACCAUGUCUCCCACCUCAGAGGUGAAGGAUGUUGUUGAUCCUUGUUCUCCUUCGGUUUGUCCUUCUGGGUCUGAUCGGUUCGUUUGUGGUCCUCCUGUUGGCCUUUCUUUGAAUUCGGUUGGCCAUUGUGCGACUGAGCCUUUGGUCUGUGGUCCCUCCGUUGGCUUCUCUUUGUCUUCGGAUGCUUCAUCUGUGGCUGCUCCUUUGGAGUUUUGUCACUCCGUUGGCUUUUCUUGGCCUUCGUUUGGACCUUCUGUGGCUCCUCCUUCUGUGGUUGCUCCUUCUGUGGUUGCUCCUUCUGUGGUUGCUCCUUCUGUGGUUGCUCCUUCUGUGGUUGCUCCUUCUGUGGUUGCUCCUUCUGUGGUUGCUCCUUCUGUGGUUGCUCCUUCUGUGGUUGCUCCUUCUGUGGUUGCUCCUUCUGUGGCUGCUCCAUCUGUGGAUGCUCCUUUGGUAGCUGCUCCUUUUUUGGCUUCCCCUCUGGAGUCAUGUUUGUCCGUUGGCUUGUCUUGGCCUUCUUUUGCGCCUUCUGUGCCAGGACCAUUUGUCUUCGGAACUUCUGUUGACCUCUCUUUGCCCUCGGUUGGUUCUUCUGUGCCUGGUCCUUUUGUGUUUGGUCCUUCUGUUGACCAUCGUUCGGCUUCGGUCACUUCGCCUGUGGCUCUUCCGGUCGUCUUUGGUCCUUCUGUUGGUACUUCGUUGUCUUCGCUUGUUCCUUCCGGCGGUAAUUCUGUGGCUGUUGCUCCUUCUGUGAGUGCCUCCGUUGGACCUGGUUGUGGCAAUAGUACCCCUUUGGCGGUCUGUGUUUCUUCUCCGGGUGGUACUACCGCUACUUCCGUAGGUUCCGUUGCUUGUUCUGCUGCUUGUUCUCUUCCUGUUUCUUCUGCUGGCGAGGCCUUCUUUAACAGAUUAGCUACCGACGAAGAUGAAUACCUGGACUCGCUGGCAGAAGAAAUUGACAAACUUUUAGACAGAGAUUUUGAUUUUUAA